AUUGUUUUUAUAAAAAAGAAAACAGAAUGACAAGAAUUUGUUGAUUUACGAACGUGUUCGAAAUUUUUUGGAAUAUGUCAUUAUCAUUUAAUGAAUGGCUUUUAUCGGUCAGACAAACGUUUGAUAAAUUAUCGGAUGAUGAAUUUCCACAUAAUGUUUUGAAAUCAUUGGAAAAUUUAUCCAAACAAUCGGAUAAUAUUGUUGUUGAUGAUCAAAAAUCAGAUCGUUAUUGGCUUUUAUUAUGGUAUAUUCAUUUGAAAGUUUAUAAAAUUUUUUGUAAACUUGGAGAUUUUGUUUUUGCAAGAAUUUUUCUUGGAAAAUGUCAAGAAAUUUUGCAUAAACAAUUUCCGUUUUUUGGUUUGAUUAUCUUUCUAAAUGAUGAUCAAUCAAUACCUCCAUCCAGUGAUACUUCAAUGCGUAAUUCAUUCGCUGGCCUUUUAAUUGAUUUUUUGAAUCAAAUUAUAAGUCAAACAUUCAAUGAUGAUAUGAAUAAAAAUUCUCAUCUAAUUUCAUGUUACAUUAAAGAAGUUGAAUCCAUAUAUGAUGAAUGGAAUAAUCAGAAUCCUCAUCCAGCUUUUAUUGGAUUUGAUGAUAUAUUGAAACUUGAUGUUCAUAUUAUCGAUUUGCAUCAAAUAAUUGAUAGUUUUGCUCGUGAGCUAGAUGAUGAUGAUCCAAAACGAAUGAAUAACAAUUUUCUUACCACAAUGGAACUUGCUGCACAAUUCUAUCAGGCAAUCGAAAUGGCCGAAGAAUCGGCACACUAUUGUCUUAAAUCAUUAAUGCUUCAAUAUCCUUUACUGAAUACUAAAUUAACGAAAAUUGAUCAUAUUGAUUGGGCAUUAAAUAUGGCCACUUUAUCUCAAUAUUAUGCUGGACAAAAUCAAUUUGAAUCGGCUUGUCAUAUGAUGGCUUGUGCUCGAAAAGUUCUCGAUGAGACAAAUGAACAAGUUAAACAAAAUGAAAUGGAAAGUUUUAAAAAAGCACAUGCCGAUUUGGAUAUAAUCGAAGUGAAAUAUUGUCUGAUGAUUUUCGAUGAAAGUCGAGAAUUAAUUGAUAAACCCGAUUAUAAAAUUCCAACAAAAUCUAUUCAACCAGAAAAAAUAUUCUCCCACGAUCCAGAUGUGAUAAAAAUGGAGGAACAAUUUCCUAAAUUUCCAAUUCGUGAUUAUCAACAAGCAAAAAAAGCAUAUCAAUAUGCAUUGGCUGCUAUUGAACGAGCGAAAAAAUUUUUCACCAUCAAUGAAAGAUGUUCGGAUCAUAUAAAUUGUAUUUUUGAUCAUUCAUCCAUUCAUGGAUCUAUGCUUUCGUUUCUUGAUGAUAUUGAUUCUCGAUGUAAAAUGAAUAAACGACGUAUCGAUUUAUUUGAAGGAUUAUUAAAGGAAAUUAGUCCAGAUCAUUUUAUUAAAUAUUAUCGGAAAUUAUUAUAUGAACUUGGUGAUCUUUAUUCUAAUCAAGUUUCAUUAAAAAUGGAACAAUAUGAACAAAAUUAUCUACAACAACAACAGGAAAUUCAAAAUAUCCGAUCGAAUGAAAAGGAAACGAUUUUGGAUGAACAAGAAAUAAAAACAAAAUUACGAUUGAAUAAUGAACGAAAUAUUCAUGUGAUGAAAAAAGUCAAUAUUUUAAUACAAAAAUCGAUUAUUUAUUUUUAUAGAUUUUUAAGUAGUUUCAAUGAAUUUAAUUCGGAUAAAUUGAAAAAAAUUCCCAAAACAAUUGAUGAAUUGAUUCAAUAUCAAUUACCUGAUAAAAUUAAAGAUGAUGAAUAUAUUAAACCAAUAUUAACAGCUUAUAUGAUGAUUGGAAAAAUGUAUACAAAUCUUUACUACAUUAAUAUUGAACAACGAAAACAACAAUGGACAAUAGGUGGAAAAUAUUAUUCCGAAUUAAAAUCCUAUUUAGAUCGUAAUGUUGAACAUCGUGAAAAAUAUUUUCAACAAUAUUAUCAACAAUUAUUAGAAUUACUUGAAUUGAUCCAAAUACAAUUGAAUAAAUGAUGAAUAUGAAAAAAAGGAUUUUGGAUGAAAACAAGAAGUUUGUUCGAUCAAUAAUUGUCAAAAGAUGUAUCAAAACAACA